CAACCACAUUACCCUUUCUUUUCUUCGUGGAAACAACAAUCCCUUGAGCUCAAAUUUGUACCUUCUUCGACGACUCAAAUUUAAUUUGCAAAAAACCCCAUUUGAACACCAACCCCUGACUACUCCAAUCCUCAAAUUGUUAGUUUACCCAGACUGCAACUCCCUAACAAAUGGCAGGUGAGUUUGCGUAGCUGGACAAGUGUACGGUCCAACCUACGAGAUAGAGCCUACAUAUAACACAAACACAGAGCCUAAAAAACACUCUACGAGUCUUUCUUAGACCUGGUCAUCCAUGUCCUCGACUCAGCUUGUCUUGUUUAUUUAAUCUUUGUCUUGGAAAAAAAAAAAAGAACAUAUUCCAUUGUUCCAUUACUUAUAACUUCAGUUAAAGUCCCACCGGACUCUCUCUCUCUCUUUUUUUUUUUCUUUUGUUUUUGUACAUGCGUGAAAGACCAGGUAAUAAUUGUAUCUUGCUGAACCAGCAACAUCCAUAAUAGCAAAUCAUCAACCCACUUACCUGAUUUCUGUUCACUUCACAGUGCAAAGCUUGUAAUUUCAUUUAUGAUGGCUGUUGACCUACACAACUGUGAGUUAUUGCUUCCGUCUCAGUUUUUCACUCCUCAAGAUCGCCUUGAUGGUCUUUCAGUGGACAACAGCAACUGCAGUAGCAGCAAAAACAACAAGAACAAGAACAAACCCAUCAACCAAAACGCGUCUUACUUAUUUGACUUAUCUGAUUCUGGUUCCGAGUUUAGUUCACUUAUUGGCUCUGAUCAGCUGAGUUUAAGCUCAACAGAGAGCAGUGGAGAGGAAGACAAUUACAUUGGUGAGUUGACUCGCCGGAUGGCUCAAUACAUGCUUCAAGAUGAAGAUGAACAUGAAAAGUCCUGGGGUUUGUCUGGUUCACCAAAAUCAACGCUGUGGUCACAGCUUGGCUCGAAUCUUGAUAGUCCUGUUGGACCAUCUAGGGGGCCAUCUCCUCCAUUAACACCUAUGAUUGGGAAUUUCGAAAAGAUGAAGAUAAAUGAAGAAACAGCCACAUAUAACCAAGGUGGGAGAUUUAUAAGUAAAUCAACCUCAACCCAAGAAUCCAGGAUUAACCCGAAUGAUGGAUUUCAAUCAAAGCAAGCCCUGAUUGAUGAUAAAAUAAGAGUUAUCCAGUUUUACAGGCUUAAACAAGAGCAAGCUAUGAAGCAAAUGGAACAAAAGCCGAGGAUUAAGCAUCAUCAAAGCAAAGGAAGAGUCUUUAGUGAGUUUAACAAUGGCCAAAAGGUUGCCCCUAACUCUUAUAAUCCCUGGUAUACGCUGCAGCAGCAACAACAACAAAGCAACCAACAAGCCGGUUCAAAUAUGAGGGCGGUUUUCCUUAAUGCAUCCGGUUCAAGGAAUGGUUCUUGUGGAACCGGUGUGUUCUUGCCUCGUGGAAUAGGAACUCCAUGCGAGUCACGCAAGAAACAAGGAUGUGCCACAGUUCUGAUUCCUGCAAGAGUGGUUCAGGCCCUGAAGCUCCACUUUGAGAAAACAGGUGUUCCAUCAAGGUUCAAUAGUGGUUUUCCUCUGGAACACGAUGCUUCUGUGACUGGAAGGAAUAGCAUGUAUUCACAGCAAAAGCGUCAGUCCAGGACGGUGCCGGCUAUGAACCAUCAAGAAAUGGGUCUACCUCAAGAAUGGACAUAUUAAAAAAAGAACCCUCUCUCCAGCACAUGGGGUUGUUUGUCACUUCUAAUUUUUCAAUUAAGCUAAAUGGAGGGAAAAAUGCAAGUUCAGGGCAGAAUAAAGAGGAAGAAAAAGGACAGAGUGUUCAAAUUGUAGGGAAUCUACAGAGAAUAUGACAAAUUAAUACUAAAAAGGUUAAGAAUAUGUAUUUUUCUUUCCUUUUUUUCCUCAAUUUUAGGGUUGAAGUUAGAUGGGCAAAUAAAAUAAAUGUGCUAUGAAAAGAUGGGUACAGUCUUUUGUACCUUCCUCUGGCUGGCUGGCUGGCUGGCUCAAGUCUUUGUAAGUUUGUUGAGGAUGUGUUUUGUAAAAUCCUUGUAAUAAAAUCAGCUAUUACUAAUAUGGACUUCCUUUGGUUUCCAUUGCCAUCAAUGUUUUUUUCCCUAUACAUAUCUAAAUCUUUUCAUGUCAUCAGAUUUUGACAAAUAAUGGAAAUUGAUUCGUUUUUCAUAGGUAAAAGUCUUUGAUUUUUCACAUCUUAACUGCACAAUAUUAAGUGGAAUAAUCAUGACAUGAAUUUCUAUUUUCUACCCUUUACUGCAACAAUACUGAACUUCUUUGUGUUAGUUCUGCAAGGGAUAUCAAUGAAAAUGAAUGGCUGAAGAUCAAGUGAUAAAAUUAAGAUUAGCCCCUUCUCCCUUUCAUAAAUGUUCUAUUCAAGUUUGUUGUGCACCUUAUUUUAUAGUUAUGAACAUUAACUUAAUAAAGCUCUAGGGCAGAGAGGGCUACAACAACAACUGCAACAGCCCAGAAACCAAAUUCGUGCCUUUCACUCAAAUACCAUAAAGGAGAAGACCCACUUGGUCCACUUUGGAACCGUACAUCAGAGACAAAUACGACCAGAAAACUAAUCCAUUUGGGUCCAUACCAUCUCUGUAAGCUUGAAAAUUGCUUUAAAGUUUCACCUGAUUUUCCAAGCUACUUCGAUGAAAAGACUGUCCUUUAGCCUUUUUAUGUUCUUGCCAAUGGUAAGACAGGGUAUUUUUCAGAUCUGCCAGCACCCGGAAGCUGCGUGCACCCUUUUGUCUGUUUCGCUGUGUUUUUCGUUUAUCUAACGCUCAUGGUCUACGCCCUUUAGACUACUCGUGCGGGAGAAGUUGGUUGAGGGACCUUCUUCUCUGAA